AUGUUUGCCCUCUCAGAAGAAUCGAAGGAGCGCAUUGGCAAGAUCAUUGAGAUCUCGCGGGUGGCGAUUCACUAUGGCUACCUCCCUCUGAUCCUCUAUCUUGGCUACACCCGCAGCGAUCCUCGGCCAUCUGUCAUCCGCCUUCUCUCGCCGCUCUCUUAA